AUGGGGAAGAUACACACUAGAAGCAGCGUCCAGGAGCCUGAUGCACACUACAACAGCGUCCAGGAGCCUGAUGCACACUACAACAGCGUCCAGGAGCCUGAUGCACACUACAACAGCGUCCAGGAGCCUGAUGCACACUACAACAGCGUCCAGGAGCCUGAUGCACACUACAACAGCGUCCAGGAGCCUGAUGCACACUACAACAGCGUCCAGGAGCCUGAUGCACACUACAACAGCGUCCAGGAGCCUGAUGCACACUACAACAGCGUCCAGGAGCCUGAUGCACACUACAACAGCGUCCAGGAGCCUGAUGCACACUACAGCAGCGUCCAGGAGCCUGAUGCACACUACAGCAGCGUCCAGGAGCCUGAUGCACACUACAACAGCGUCCAGGAGCCUGAUGCACACUACAACAGCGUCCAGGAGCCUGAUGCACACUACAACAGCGUCCAGGAGCCUGAUGCACACUACAACAGCGUCCAGGAGCCUGAUGCACACUACAACAGCGUCCAGGAGCCUGAUGCACACUACAACAGCGUCCAGGAGCCUGAUGCACACUACAACAGCGUCCAGGAGCCUGAUGCACACUACAACAGCGUCCAGGAGCCUGAUGCACACUACAACAGCGUCCAGGAGCCUGAUGCACACUACAACAGCGUCCAGGAGCCUGAUGCACACUACAACAGCGUCCAGGAGCCUGAUGCACACUACAACAGCGUCCAGGAGCCUGAUGCACACUACAACAGCGUCCAGGAGCCUGAUGCACACUACAACAGCGUCCAGGAGCCUGAUGCACACUACAACAGCGUCCAGGAGCCUGAUGCACACUACAACAGCGUCCAGGAGCCUGAUGCACACUACAACAGCGUCCAGGAGCCUGAUGCACACUACAACAGCGUCCAGGAGCCUGAUGCCACUACAACAGCGUCCAGGAGCCUGAUGCACACUACAACAGCGUCCAGGAGCCUGAUGCACACUACAACAGCGUCCAGGAGCCUGAUGCACACUACAACAGCGUCCAGGCCUGAUGCACACUACAACAGCGUCCAGGAGCCUGAUGCACACUACAACAGCGUCCAGGAGCCUGAUGCACACUACAACAGCGUCCAGGAGCCUGAUGCACACUACAACAGCGUCCAGGAGCCUGAUGCACACUACAGCAGCGUCCAGGAGCCUGAUGCACACUACAACAGGCUGCACUCUUGA